AUGCCGACAUCCAUCUCCCGCGAAGGUCUCACAAUCGACGAUGUCGGCCGCUUAAUCCGCCGCACCGUCCUAAACCCGUACCUUACCCUCCCCCCUCGCCGCCGCCAUCGUCUAUUUCGAGAAACACCCAGACCACUACCGGGACUUCCACCUGCAGGAACUGCACGAGCUGCUCGGGAUCGACCUUUCCUUACUCUCUCGCAUCGGCACUUACCUAACAGGCUUUGGCAUCGCCGGCGCCACUCUCGCCGCCAACGACCAGCUCACCCACUUGUUCGCCAACAACUUCACCUCCCCGGCGCACGGCGAGUGGACCGACUGGAGCAAAGAAAUUGUGCUGGUCACGGGCGGCAGCAGCGGUAUCGGGCAGAAUGUCAUUCAGGGCUUGCUGGAGCGCAACCCGCGCACGACGGUAGUGAUAGUCGACUAUGCGCCGCUGAGCUGGACGGUUCCCGAGAAUGCCCAAAAGAGCAUCCAUUAUUACCAGGCGGACCUGACCAAGUCGGACGUGAUCCGGUCCGUCGCCGCGCGAGUGAAAAGGAGGUCGGACACCCGACCGUGUUGAUCAACAACGCCGGCAUCGCCAGGGGUUUCACCAUCAUGGAGGGCUCGUAUGGGGAUGUCGAGUCGACGCUGCGGACAAACUUGACGGCUCCCUUUUUGCUGACCAAGGAGUUCUUGCCGGAGAUGGUGAGGAGAAAUCAUGGCCAUAUUGUCAAUAUUUGCUCCAUGAGCGCCUUCUUGCCGCCGCCGUAUAUUGGCGAUUAUGCGGCGAGUAAGGCGGGGGUUCAGAUGUUGCAUGAGUCCCUCCAGCUGGAACUCAAGCACGCCCACAAGGCCAAGCGCGUGAGGCUCACGCUGGCCAUUCCCAGCUUUAUCCAGACGCCCUUGAUCGGAGCCUCGCAUCCUCGACAGAACAACUUUAUCUUUCCGCUGUUGCAUGUUAGGACGGUCAGCGAGGAGAUUGUGGAUAGUUUGUAUAGCGGGUAUGGAAGGACCAUCUAUCUUCCGGGGAUUAUGCGCUAUCUCACCUCACUGAGGGGAGCUCCCGAGUGGGUAUUGAGAAUGGCAAGGGAAUCCACUGUCAAGAUUCCGGUUGACUUCAAGGGGCGCCAAGUUGUUGAUGUUGAGACUGGGGGGAUUAAGCUCGAGGAUCAUGAGGCCUAA